CGCUUGUCAAAUCUGUCCCUUGCGGCAAUGCGCGAAUCUAACCAAUUUGAAUCGUCGGUCUACUACACUCGUUAACGGAGCCAUCAGAUAGAAUCGGCCUCGGCGCGCGAUCAAAGUCCGUCCUGCUACGAAGCCGUGUUUUAUGCUAUAUGACGUGCGAACGGGGCUGUCGCGAUCCGGCCUAUCAUUGCGUAUGUCAGGAAGCUCGAAUCUUGCUAAUAGGAAAGGGGCCUGCUAAGCAACAGACGGAGAGUUGGAUUCUCACAUCCUUUUUUGUUUUAGAGCUUAUACAUAGCUCUGCGAUAGAUUGUAGAAUUUCGAAAUAUCAGCCGGGUAGCGUCGACUAAACGGUAUCUCAACGGCCAUGCAUUUAGGUCAUCAAUCCAGGGAGGAUGAAGAGGCUCUUCUACCUCAACUUUCAGUAGAAGAGCCAAUUCGCACGAGGUGGUCAUCAUCAUGGAGGGGCAAUUUUCAGUCAUUUUCAUUCCGGGUCGCCAUUUGGCAAUGUCUCGCCUUCCUAAGGCCAAGCUUCUUAGCAAAGCGGUCGCCAACUUCAGAAGCAUCGGAGAAAUCCAAUGCGCCAAGGAAACCACAUUCGACGGAGUAUCUCGACGGCGUUCGUGGCGUCGCAUCCUUGAUUGUUUUCAUCUUGCACUGGGCUCACGUCCCCUACCCGUCCAUUAACUCAGGAUGGGGUUUCAAGGACAAUACGUCUUUCUGGUUACUUCCGUUCAUCCGGAUAAUUUACUCGGGCGCCGCGAUGGUCGCGGUAUUCUUCGUUGUCUCUGGUUUUGUAUUGUCUCAUCGAUUCGUUCAGCGCAUGCACCGCCAUGAGUACAAUGACUUGUUAUCCGGGCUGACCUCGCUUACUUUCCGGCGAGCCAUCCGUUUGUUCCUGCCGGCAUUUGCAUCCAGCACGAUGGCUUUCGUCUGUGCCUACCUCGGCCUAAUCAGUGUACCGGAGAAGGUAGAUGGGAAGCCAUUCGAACAUAGCUUCUCUUCAUACAUCGAGUAUCUCGACAUGGAAUCGAACCCGUGGGAUUGGACGAUGGACUUUUCUGGCUUUUACAACCCUCAACUAUGGUCUAUUGCUGUCGAGUUCCGUGGUUCCAUGGUUGUCUUCCUUCUCAUCGUCGGACUAGCUAAGACGAGGACUGCUGUUCGACUGUUUGUUCAAAGCUUCCUCAUAGUCCAUUCUUUCAUUCACAAGCGUUGGGACCUUGCUCUGUUUAUUGCCGGCAUGUCCUUAGCAGAACUAGAAGUGCUGCUGAAGAAGCCGAACAACCCAUCAGCAAGGAGGGUAGUGAACGUAUUGCUUGUGCUUGCUAUGAUACUCGGUCUUUUCCUCUGUGGCUACCCUCGAGAUCAUAACACCAAGACCCCUGGUUAUAUGUGGUCGAAAUACGUUUGGCCGUUCGGUGCAUAUCGUCGUCGGUUCUGGCUUGCGAUCGGUGCGAUGCUAUUUGUCGGCCCUGUCGCAUUCCUACCAUCUGUUCAAUCCAUCUUUCUCACUCGGCCUGCUCGGUAUCUUGGGCGCAUAAGCUUCGCGCUCUAUCUCGUUCACGGUCUUGGGAAUCGGACGAUCGGCAAAUGGCUGCUUGAUAUUUGCUGGGAUGUGAUCGGUAAGGAGGGGCUUUGGCCAUAUGCUAUAAGCUUCACAAUCGCUUCCGCGUUGUACUUCCCGCUUGUGAUGUGGGCUUCCGAUGUAUUUUGGAGAGGGGUCGAUGUCCCUUCAACGAAUUUUGCUAAAUGGUUCGAGAAGAGGUGUGCCGCGCCAGAAAGUGUGAGGUGAAAGGCUCGCAGCUGGGCCUGCGAUAUCUGUUCCAAGCAGUCAUCAUUGUAUAUAAACAAUAGUUUGAACAUAAUCGAAAUGAAUUCGCUUUUCAAUUACUCAAGUCCCUAUGGUAUGAUGCUGAGAUGUAGGUGUACAAGCCUAAGUGUCGGAGUGAGUUCAGUAACGGUCAUCAUC